GUGAACAUCAGAUCAGUUUCUUUAAUUUCUGGGUUGGAGCAGAUGAGAUGAGAUGAUGGAAGGCAAGAUGAAGAAGAUUGAUGAUGAGGAGGAGCAUGCCAAAGCUAAACUAGUAUGUGUUACUGGGGCUGCAGGCUAUCUUGCUUCUUGCCUAAUCAAGAGGCUUCUCUUGUGUGGCUAUACUGUCAUUGGCACUGUCAGAGACCCAGGGGAUGAGAGGAAAGUAGGGCACCUAUGGAAGCUGGAAGGAGCAGAGGAGAGGCUUAAGCUAGUGAAGGCUGACCUAACAGAAGAAGGGAGCUUUGAUGAUGCCAUCAUGGGAUGUGAGGGUGUGUUUCACACUGCCUCACCUGUCCUACCCACACCCAAUGAGGGAAUGUUGAAAGCUGCAGUUGAGGGAAGCCUGAAUGUGCUGAGAUCCUGCAAGAAGAAUCCAUGUUUGAGGCGUGUGGUUCUGACUUCAUCUUCUUCAGCGGUUAGGGCUAGAAAUGAUUUUGAUCCUAAAAUUCCUUUGGACGAGUCAUCUUGGUCCUCUGUCCAACUUUGCCAAAACCUUCAGCUUUGGUAUGCAUUAUCUAAAACGUUGGCAGAAAGAGCUGCAUGGGAGUUCUGCAAACACAACAAUAUUCAUCUCGUGACUGUGCUGCCCACCUUUGUGAUUGGCCCCAGCCUGCCUCCUCACUUGUGCUCAACAGCAACAGAUGUUCUUGGCCUCUUUAAGGGGGUGACUGAAAAAUUUCAAGUGCAUGGAAGGAUGGGAUAUGUACAUAUAGAUGAUGUUGCUGCCUCCCACAUUCUUGUUUAUGAGCAAGAGGAUGCUGAGGGGAGAUACAUCUGCAACUCCACCGUUAUUGAUAUCCAAGACCUCGCCUCCAUUUUAUCAAAGCGUUACCCCAAUCUGCCAAUUUCAAACAGGUUUAUAAAACCAGAAGACAGGCAAUACUAUGAAUUCAACACCUCAAAGUUAAAGAGCUUAGGAAUGAAGUUCAAGUCCCUGGAAGAGAUGUUUGAUGACACUGUCGCAUCCUUGAUGGAGCAAGGCCAUCUUUCACCAUAGCAGCACCUUCAUAUAUUAAAUUAUUUCAAAAUAAUAAUAAUCAUCAUGACAAUAAAGUGUGAAACAGCUGGAAAUGGAAAUUUCUCCAUAAAAGUUUAAACCUAAUAUGUUACUUUUUGGCAUGUGAAA